AUGGACUCUGCCUCCAUCCCGGGUGCAGCCUCCAUCCCAGGCUCGGGCUCGGGCUCGGGCUCUGUCCCGGCCUCAUCUCUGGCUGUGGGCACUCAUCCUGCAGUCCCCACCAACGGUACAACAGAUGUGUCUGCAAUCGCCAGUCCUGAUGUUAGGACUGCUGAGCAUCAAGCUCAGCAGCUCGCAUCUAUCCCUGGUUCUAUCUCUCUGUCAAUGCUGCAACAAUCCCCUUUCUCGCCUCGUUCUCAUCAGCCUCAGAGACAUGACGACUUGGCUAUUCUGUCACCCACUCAUUCUCUGAAUGAUGUUGGGUCUAGGACUCAGCAUGAGUACGGCAUUUCGGCUGGUGGUGGCGUGUCUAUGGCAAUGCAAAGCCCUAGUUCAAACGCAGGUGCUUCUUCCAUUCAGCAAGUUGCGCAGACUGCAACAUUCGAGGCCAUACCAUACACUGGCCCGAUGUCUAGUCCCACUGCUCUGCGCGAUCAUUUGGCUGGUGGUCGGAAUCAAAUAGCUAUCGGCCUGCCUGCGGAUUAUUAUCAUUCUCGGGACCAGCAGCUCUCGAGUGUGCAAAAUGCUGCACACCAGUCGCCUGUCGGUCCAGCGGCUCGCAGGAAUAUUUCCUUUGCUGAUAGCAGUUUUGAAUCAUUUAUGCAGCCGCUAUCUGGUAGGAGUUUGGUACAUUCUCCUAUCAAUGAAGAACAUCCUUUCGAUCUUUCAUUUAAUCAACACGGGGUACCCCGUGCAAUCAGUCCUCAUGAUUUUGUGGAUCAUGGCCAGAACGCUUAUGUGUCUACCCAUCAACGGGAUAUGAGCCAGCGACCCAUUGCUCAGCCGCCCUUGGCUAAUCCACCUCUUGGUGGAAACCUAGCCAUGGCUAGAGGCCCGGUUUAUUCACUCGUUGAGCGCGAAGAGCGCUCUGUUCCGCCCCAUGCUACUAGCUACAGGUCGAUUCAUGAUAAAGGCGGACGGCUUUUGUCUAUUGAUCAGCGGAUUACGAGCCAACAACCUGUUUCCCAGCAAAGUGUCGGCUUUUCUUUUGAUGAUAAAACCAAUUUGAAUCGAGUCGGGAUUUGUUCUCAACCUGUCCGACAGCUCGGUUCGACUGCGUCAGAGGACCCUGCUUUGGUUCACGGCCAGGCUGCCCAGAUGAUCACGAGUCAACAGGCUAUGGACCAUCGGUAUUCCCCUUGGCAGCCUGUGGAUGAUCUUUCUGUUACUCGCUUUACGCCUGCCACCGAUCAAGAUAGCAAGACUUUUUCGGGGCCGCAGUACUCUGCAGUGCCUCGGUUCGGAUACACUUCUUUGCUUGGCCAUGCUUAUGAACGAUCUUUCGACCAGCGGGCUGAAAAUCAGUCAUUGCUUGGCCGACGUACACACUCUGGACUACCUGUCUAUGACAGCUUUGAUAUAUCUAGCCGCCAAAACAAUCAGCCCCGAGAUCAGCAGACUACAAUUGUUCGCCCUAUUGGGGAAGAUCGUGAAGCUUCCGUUGUUCAAGGCCGUUCUUCUUGGGAGCAAAGUUAUGUGAGCCAACAGCCGAGAUAUUAUCGUUCUGCUGCUGGCCAACAAAUCCCAGAAGAGACGAUCUAUCAGCCUGUGUCUCGGAAGCCCGUCUUUGGCUUUUCUAGUGUUGCUGAAGCGCACGCUUUUGAGCCUUGGCCUCGGAAGCGCAUGUCUGACUUUGCAAGUGCUCAUAGUACUUUUGUCGAAGGGCAAGGCCGUCAAAGUGUGGUCCACGAAGCCGCAGAUCCGACGGAUCGCGGCUUUGCUUAUCCUGCUGGCCGUGAAAUUCCUCUGGCUCCAAGGGCGUUUGAGCGCCCUGUGCCUGCUGUACCUUUCAUGCGCCCAAGCAUUCAAAGCCAUUCUGUGAAACAAGAACAAGUUUCUCCUAGUCCCUUCCAGGGUUUCAAAAGAAGCAAUGACGGGCAAUUUGACUCUCAUCUAGCGUCAGAAGUUUGGAAUAAAUCCACGCUGCCUGAAACUUUGACCUCAAAUGGGGUUGAAGCUUCGCGCCAUGCUGGAAACCAGAACCGUUCGAACCCCCGAGGAUUCGGUCAAAGUGUCUCUGCCAAUCCUUCUAAUAAAUCGGAGCCUGGUGAUAUUCUUGAGCAAGAUUUAUUUAAGGAUAAUAAAAUCUCUAUCAGCGGUUAUUAUUAUCACCCGGGAAUCUGUGGCAGCCCAACUUGGUUAAAGGAUCUUACUGUGAACUACCUCACUGACAGUGAAGUCUUGUACUAUUUCAAUGUCAUAGCACUUAUGGGUCGAAUGCAGCCUGAUUUUAGGUACAAAUAUGACAGUGCUGAUAGGAAAAACAUCAUCGUGAACCUCACCUUGUGGGGGAAUACCAUCAUCCAUGCUGAACUGACCUCGGACUCUCUCCAUGCUGCUGAGGUCUUUGCAUAUCGUCAGACUCUCGAGAAGAUGCAAAAGCACAAUUCAGACUGGGUGAUUCCUCCUCUACCCAAGGAUGGUCCUACAAGCCCUGGAUGGGUAUGGACGAAGCUGCUCAAAGACUUCUGUGCGGAUCAGGGUUUUCCAAAGCCUCGUUAUAAGUCUAGUCAAGAUGGAAUGGGCUGGUACUGCAAUCUCUCCAUCAACAGCAAACCUUACAUCAGUGCACGGGGGUGCAAAACUCUAACGGAGGCGGAAAGCACAGCUGCGCACAUGGCAUUGUAUCAAUUGGCCAUUAUGGGGUUUGACCAUUCUGCUCGGAGUCCAAUUCACUCCCCUUUCGACCAAUCUUCGCAUAAUGCACCUGUGUCUGUGUGGGGAUCGUCGGGGAAAUUUAUGGAGAGUCCCUUCAAUUCAUCCCUGCGCCCGAAGAACGAUCCUCGCAGCAGUGUUUUUUCGAAGUAUAAACUUUCAACGGCUACUGUUCCAAAGAAAGGCUCCCUGAGCAAAAUUUCUCCCAAAAAGGGCCCUAGUGGCCCGUCACGCAAACAGCCUGAUCGUACUGUUCGGUAUGCAGGCGUGUCUAAAUCAUCUGAUCACUCCAAAAAGAAAGCAUCUGCCUUCUACUACAACAGGGCCAAAUGGAUCAAGCGCAGACGAAUUGAGGCAUUGGAAACACAGCUGCGAGAGGCCCAAAAUUGGGAACCUGUUCAGCAAAAUCCGGCCAAACUUCCUCCUCAGUUUGCUCACGCUGCCAAUCGAGUUCCAUUGAGCGACUGUCGCCUCUUGCCCAUGGAGCAUCAGAAGGAUCAUGUUGAAGAUCCACUGGUCAGAUUGCGCAGCCUUGAUGGAAAGCUUGCUCUGUUGAGUCCUCGCUCCUCGUUCCGCGAGAUCUUGAAGACAAUUUGUGAAGUCUUGAAAAUCGAUUACCCUGAGAUCUUUCGUGGAGAUAGACCCAACAAUUCCAGGGCUAUGUUCCCAUAUGCCCACGAGAUGUUCGCCAAGUUCACCGGAGAUCCCUACCUUUCCCGUGCCAGUCCGAUAAAGCUCUGCCAUGUCCACAAUCCUGACCCGGAAAUUGCCCAGGAGAUCGGGGUCAAGAGCGUCAUCCUCUAUCUUCUAAGUAUUGUCAAGGAUGAUGCUGAUCUCGAUCAGAAGGCGUACGAGACUGAAUCGCCGAACGUCAGACGCAUCGAGUGUGAGACCAUCCAGUCUCUGUCGGCCCAGAAUAAGCCGAUUGGAGCCCUUCUCUACUAA